UAUGUUUUAAUUUUGAGGUUUUGGAGUUUCCUGGACAUCUGCGGAAGUGAUAAAAAUUGUAUAAAAGGGAAGGAAAAGUCACUGAGAGAACCUUAAAAAUUUAUAAAACAAAAAGAAACUUUUUGGAAGUUUGUGAAAAUCGAAUCUUCUGAGGAUCUUCCGGGAAUCAGGAUGAGUAGCAGAGAGGAAAGAAAAAUCCUGAGGAAAACCAAAAGGUGCCAAAGUCUCGUGGAAAAGGAUACAGGGAUCAAAUUGACGGAUAAUGUAGAAUUGAAUCUGGCCAUCUGCAAUGCCGGUCUUGCCACUGGAUUGCGUCCAGAGAGUAUCCUCAAUGAAACUGAGGGAAUUGGGAUUAUCUCUGCAAUUGCCAUGCUUCCUGGAAAAUCUUAUUGCUUUCUCUCCUGCAGCAAUCUUGAGGAUUCCCAGAAGAUCUUCAAUCAUCUCCAUGGGAAAGGGAAGCUGGCUCAGAAUCAGGGAGUUCUGUACUUGUCUUUCUGCAAGGAUAUCCCAAAGGUGGAGAAUCCCUGGGAUGAAAAUAUAAUCCCCCCAGGAUUGGUUGUUGUGGAAGAUUUCAUAUCAGCAGAGGAAGAGGAGAGAUUAAUCGGCUGCAUUACGUGGCAGGAUAGUAAUCAAAGUUCAGGAAGAGAGCUUAAACAUCGUCAAGUGAGGCAUUACGGGUAUGAAUUUCGCUAUGGAACAAAUGAUGUAGACAUGGAGAAUCCCCUGGAGGAGAAAAUUCCCGAAGAAUGCAGCAUUUUAUGGAAAAGAUUCCGGGAAAAGCAUCCGGAAAUUCAUUGGGAAACUCCUGAUCAAAUGACGGUGAACAAGUACGCCCCUGGACAAGGAAUCCCACCACACUGUGAUACCCAUAGUCCCUUCGCGGGUCCCAUUGUCUCUUUAUCAUUGGGCAGUGAUGUUGUAAUGGAAUUCCGAAGUGCUUCCGGUGAGAAUUCCUGCAUUUUCCUGCCUCGACGAUCACUUUUACUCAUGACCGGGGAGAGUAGGUACAAUUGGACACACGGAAUCACACCCAGGAGCAUGGAUAUCAUCCCUGGGAGGAAAGACAAUGCCUCACUGACGGUCCUUCAGAGAUCCACUCGAAUUUCAUUCACAUUCCGGAAGCUUCGUCGUGGGGAAUGUGAUUGCAGCUUCUCCGCUUUUUGCGAUACAAAGAAGCAAUGUGUUCAGAAGCAAAAAGAAUCCCUAGAAUUAUCCUCAAUAGCAGCCAGAGUUGAAAAGGAAAAUGUCCAUCGGAUUUACAAUGAGAUCGCUCAGCAUUUCAGUGAAACAAGACACUCCCCAUGGCCACAGGUGGCUGAAUUUAUCUCCAGUCUUCCUCCUGGAUCAUCUCUCGUGGACAUUGGAUGUGGGAAUGGAAAGUAUCUCCUUGCACGGGAGGACAUCAUCAAGAUUGGCUGCGAUCGGAGCGAAGUUCUCCUGGGAGUUUGUCAGGAGCGACAGCUGAAUGCCUUCCUGUGUGACUGCCUGGCUGUUCCUGUGCGAGACAACUCAGUCAGUGCCUGCAUCAGUAUUGCCGUCAUCCAUCAUUUGGCUUCUAAAGAACGACGCCUGCAAGCUGUGAAAGAGAUGGCGAGGAUUCUGGAGAAAUCAGGUCGAGGAUUGAUCUAUGUUUGGGCAAAGAAUCAAGAGGCGGAUAAAAGGAAAUCCAGCUAUUUGAGGCAAAAUAAGAAAUCAUCUAAAGCUCCUCCAUUGACUCUAGCAGCCGAGGAGGUAGUUGUGGAUGAAAAGCUCCCACUUCCGGUGCACACAAACAGAACUCAGUUCCUCCACAGUGACAUCCUGGUGCCGUGGAAGCUGAAAGAUGGCACGGAAAACAACAAAACCUUCCUUAGAUUUUAUCACGUCUUCGAGGAGGGAGAACUUGAGGAGCUCUGUGGUCAGGUGCAGGACAUCCGUGUCAUCAAAUCCUACUACGAUCAAGGGAAUUGGUGUGCAAUCUUCGAAAAGUUAUAGCCCUCGACUAAAGAACUGAAAAGCAUCCUUUUAUAGACAAAAGAGCUGCAGUUUAACCCUUUCGCGUCCACGUGAAAAAUGAGCUCUUUUUAACGCGAUAUUUCUUGUCUAGAUGCUUUUAGAGGAUUUUUCUGAGUCAGAACGUCUUCUUUGGCCUCUUUAGCGUGAAUUUGAUGCAUUUCUAACUUUAAUAAACAAUCAAUUUCAUAAAUAAUAGGAAAAAUAAAAUGUGUUUCAUGUUUGGGUCAGCGUAUGACCCAAAAAACGCGAAAGGAUUAAAAGAAAAUUAGUGUGUCUGGCGUAAAGUUUAGAAGAUAAAAAGGAGUUUUCUCCGUCCGGUGAGCGCCAGAAAAGAGAUUUUUUAUAAAGAAAAUCCCAAGAUUAGCCUCAAAGCUUUCGAUGCGCUCUGCAUCAUCUUCAGUGAGCUGGGGGAGUUUUAUUAGAAGAAAAAUAUAGAAUUAAAAAAAAAACAAUAAUUCUCCCCACCUACAUGCAUACAAAAGCCAACUCAGAAAAACUUACUUAUUUGGAAAAUUACAAAAAUUGAAUUAAAAAGAGGCACAAAUGUCAACAACAAUGUCAAUGUUUAUCUUCGAUUAAAAGAAAAUUCAAAUUAUGUAAAAAAUCAAGAUUUUAAUAAAUCUCCAUUUAUUUAA